UUCAUAAAAUCAACCAUGGCUCCUUCCCUUGCCUUAUUCGUUGCCUUUGCAACAGCCUCAUCAGUAAAGAGGCAGACCAGUGGCCUAGAUGCCGACGGUGACGGUCUGGUCUCCAAGGAUGAGGUGUUUGCCGCCAUGACCCUGCACGAGGCUCUCGUGGCCCUGGACAGAGAUGGCGACGGCUUCAUCUACCUGCCACAGAUCAUCGAGCUGUGGGGCGUCGGAGACAAGUUUUACGAACUGAACACCGACGGAGACAACCAUCUCACCUUCCAGGAGAUUGAGAACGGGAUGACUCUCAGCGACUUCUACGACCAGUUCGACUUCAACGGUGACGGAACCCUGGACCAGGCUGAGGCCUACCAGCUUCACUACAUCUACGACGUCCUGAACACGCCUACGCCGGUCGAAGUUCUGGACGACAACGGAGAUGGUCUACUCUCGCGUCUGGAGGUGCAGAGCCACAUGACUUACGGCGAGAUUCUGACUGCCUUGGACACUGACGACAGUCACCGGCUGGACUCGGCUGAGCUAAUGGUUCUCCUUGGCGACCAGACCCAAGACUUCAUCAACGCUCAGGACGACAACGGCGACGGAGUGGUCAGCUUUGGCGAGGCUCACCACCACCACGCUAACCUGGACACGCUCUUCACACGACUCGACUUGGACGGUAGCGGCUAUCUAGAGGAUACAGAGUCGGCCGCUCUCUAUACCAUAUGGAACACCAUCCAGGCCACUGUCCCAGCCUAACGGCUCGACCCUGUGCUGUUCCAACUGCAGACUCUCCACAACCGGCUUGAAAG